CCGCGGCUGCACAAAACCCAAAACUCAAACAAAAAAAAACGAAAAAAAAGUCAAGAAUCGAGAGUCGAAAGGGCUGCAGAGCAGAGAUCUUUCUUCACAAAAGCUCCUUCUUCCUCCCGCCAACGAGAAGUUUUCCCAGGCUUUUUGUAACAAGUAUCGCAAUCAUGGCGCCUCACGUUCGUCCGGAGAAUGUGCUCAAGCGCGCUGAAGAGUUGCUCGCCGUCGACCAGGCCGGCGACGCCUUGAGCCUGCUCCACGAAAUCAUCACCUCGAAGCGCACGCGCAACACCCCAAUUGUCUCGCUCGAGCCCAUCAUGCUCCGGUUCGUCGAGCUCUGCGUGCAGCUUCGUAAGGGAAAGUUGGCCAAGGAGGGUCUGUAUACGUACAAGAACGUUGCUCAGAACACGUCCGUCAGCAGCAUCGAGGUCGUGCUAAGAAGAUUCAUCGACCUCUCGAAAGAAAAAGUCGCAGAGGCGCAGGCCCAGGCCGAUCGUAUCGCGCUCGACACGAUCGACGAUCUCGAGGCAUCUGAGACGCCCGAGUCAAUCAUGCUCUCGGCCGUCUCGACCGAGCAGACCAAGGACCGCACCGACCGCGCGGUCGUGACUCCCUGGCUCAAGUUCUUGUGGGAAGUCUACCGCACCGUGCUCGAGAUCCUGCGCAACAACGCGCGCCUCGAGAUCAUGUACCAGAGCACCGCCAUCCAGGCCUUCCAGUUCUGUCUCAAGUUCACGCGCAAGACCGAGUUCCGCCGGCUCUGCGAGCUGCUCCGCAACCAUCUCCAGUCCGCGGCCAAGAACCCGUCGCAGGCGCACGCCAUCAACCUCAACGACCCUGAUACCCUCCAGCGUCACCUCGACACGCGCUUCGCGCAGCUCUCGGCCGCCGUCGAGCUCGAGCUCUGGCAGGAGGCCUUCCGCUCGGUCGAGGACAUCCACACUUUGCUCACCAUCUCCAAGCGGCCGGCCAAGCCCGCGAUGAUGGCAAACUACUACGAGAAGCUGACAAAGAUCUUCCUUGUCUCGGACAACUUUUUGUUCCACGCCGCGGCCGCGAGCAGAUUCUACAACGUGCGCAUGCAGACCAAGGCCCUGACCGAGGCCGAGAUCUCAAAGACGGCCUCGACCGUGCUCUUGUCUGCGCUCUCGAUCCCCGUCAUCAGCACCGGCCGCAUCCGCGCGGGUAUGAUCGACGUCGACGAGAACAAGCCGAAGAACGCGCGUCUGUCCGGCCUGCUCAACCUGUCAAAGUCGCCGAGCCGCGCGAGCCUUCUGCGCGAGGCGCUCGCGCACGGCGUGCUCGCGCGCGUCAGCCCCGAGAUCCGCGAGCUCUACACGAUCCUCGAGGUCGACUUCCACCCGCUCGCCAUCUGCAAGAAGAUCACGCCGAUUCUGGCGACGAUCGCGGCCGACGAGGAGAUGAGCCGCUACAUCGCGCCCUUGCACCAGGUCAUCCUCACGCGACUGUUCCAGCAGCUGUCGCAGGUGUACGACGCCGUCAAGCUCGGCUUCGUGCUCAAGCUCGUCGACUUCCCCGAGCCGUUCGCCGUCAGCCGGACGACGAUCGAGAAGUUUGUCAUGAACGGCUGCAAGAAGGGCGAGCUCGCGAUCCGCGUCAACCACGCGGCGGACUCAAUCACGUUUGAGUCGGACGUCUACGCGGCCUCGAAGGCGACAGACGCGCAGGUCACGCUGCAGCCGACGCCGAGCGAGAUCAUCCGCGGCGAGCUCAGCCGCGUCAGCAAGUCGCUGUUUGCGGUCGUCAACGUCGUCGACAGCGAGUACCUUUCCACGCGCGAGGCGGCCAAGACGGCAGCGAUCGAGCGCGCGAUCGUGGGCGUGGACGAGGAGCACCGCGCCGCGCUCGAGCGCAAGGAGUUGAUUGAGACGCGCGCGAAAGAGGCGGAGACGAUUCUGCAGAAGCGGGAAGAGGACGAGAGCAAGAAGCGACAGCUCAAGCAGCAGCAGGAGGCGGCUGCCGAGCAGAAGCGACUUGCGGACGAGAUGCGCAAGCGCGAGUUUGAGCGCGUGCGCCGCGAGCAGGAGGCGAUCAAGGAGCAGGAGAAGCGCAAGCUGGCGGAGGAGAUUCGCGCUGCGGGCGUGAAGCUCGACGCGGACUCGAUCGAGUCGAUGGACACGACCAAGUUGCGCGAGGUGCAGAUCGAGCAGGUGGAGAAGAAGACGAAGGAUACGCAGGAGCGACUACGCAUCACGGCGAAGCGCAUCGACCACCUCGAGCGCGCGUACCGAAAGGUCGAGAUCCCGUUGCUCGAGCAGGACUACGAGAAGCAGAAGGCGACGGAUCUGCAGCUGCACAAGGAGAGACACAAGCAGACGGUCGAGCAGAGCCGGGAGCGGUUCGAGUACCGCCAGUUGCUCAAGAAGAGACUGGGUCGGAUGGUGGGCGAUUACGAAGAGUUCAAGGAGAAGCUUCUGCAUUAGCGUUAUGUAGACACAUGAUUCAUUUCUCUUUUCUUUUAUUUACACGUAUUUGUUUGUUGCCGUUAUUUUGUUUAGUGUAUAAAGAACAUUCUGCGGGCAUUUUUCUUGUUUCUGCUCGUGAAAAGUAAUCAAAAGCGAUUUUCCAUAUCUCUUAUUCCAAGCUGUAGUUUCUUUUUACAUCUAAAUUGAAAGAUAAUCCAUCUACAUCUAGACAGAAAUAGGACGACU